UCUCGUUCUCGUUGUGUGGCAACUCAACUGGCAUAGCAUUCGGAGGAGCGGAGCAUAGCAAGUCGUGUUGGUUUUGUGUAAAUUUAAUCGUGUUUGUAAUAAUUUUACUUACUACCUAUAGAUUAUAUUGAAACAGUUUUUUGUUAACUAUGGAGUCGUCAGCGUUACAGGGCGCAGAGAGUGUUUGCGUGAAAGCUGAGCCCUGCGAGGAAGUGUUUGUGAAAACUGAACCUUUGCUGGAUGACGUGUGUGUAAAAGACGAGCCCAGGUGCGAGGAUGUGACGAUAAAAGUCGAGCCUUCGUGCUCAGAUGUGUGUGUAAAAGAUGAGUGGCCCGGGGUGAACGCGGCGGCGGGUCUGUACACCGACGACGCCGUAAAAUAUGAACUAGUGCUCGGCCCCGAGCUAGUGGAGCAGCGAGGCGUGUGCCACGCAUCAACAGCUACCAACCUGGCUGUGGAAGUGAAGCAUGAGAUUGUCCCCGGGAGACCAUUUGUGAGGGACUACUGUGUGGAGCCGGAGCAUCUUGUUGUGGACACGCUGCUCACCGGCACUUGGAGCACACACCAGGAUGGCCCGAGACAAGCUUAUCAAGCUAGUGUGGCGGAGUGUAGUGAAGCUUCCAACCUGGCUGUGGAGGUGAAGCAUGAGAUUGUCCCCGGGAGACCAUUUGUGAGGGACUACUGUGUGGAGCCGGAGCAUCUUGUUGUGGACACGCUGCUCACCGGCACUUGGAGCACACACCAGGACGGCCCGAGACAAGCUUAUCAGGCUAGUCUGGCGGAGUGUAGUGAAGGACAACCUCCACAGAAGAAGCCAAGAGGAUACCUAGACACACUGAUACACACUGGUGAUAAGCCCUACAAGUGUGAUCAGUGUAGUUAUGCUAGCAGCAAAAAACGUAAUCUCGAAGCUCAUGUAAGGACACACACUGGUGAAAAGCCCUUCAAAUGUGACCAAUGUGAUUUUGCUUGCAACAGAGAACAAAAUUUGAAAGCUCAUGUAAAGAGACACACUGGUGAAAAGCCCUACAAAUGUGAUCAGUGUAGUUAUGCUAGCAGCGUAAUGACUAAUUUAAAAGCUCAUUUAAGGAGACACACUGGUGAAAAACCCUACAAAUGUGAUCAAUGUAGUUAUGCUGGCAGCCGAAAAAUUCAUUUACAAACUCACGUAAAGAAGAGACACACUAGUGAAAAGCCCUACAAAUGUGAUCAGUGUAGUUAUGCUAGCAGCAAAAAAUGUAUUUUCGAAGCUCAUUUAAGGACACACACUGGUGAAAAGUCCCACAAAUGUGACCAAUGUAGUUAUGCUAGCCAGAAUAUAAGUCAUUUGAAAUAUCAUCUAAGGACGCACACUGGUGAAAAACCUUACAAAUGUGGGGUGUGUUCUUACGCAAGUGCCCGGAAAAGUGCUUUGAAAGCACAUUCAACAAGGAAUCAUGGUAGCUACACUGACGACACUAAGGUUGAAAAACCUUACCAGUGUGGUCAGUGUAGUUAUGCUAGCAGCCAAAAAUGUUAUUUUGAAGCUCAUGUAUUGAAACACACUGGUGAAAUGCCCUACAAAUGCGAUCAGUGUAGUUAUGCUAGCAGCAAAAAAAGUAAUUUCGAAGCUCAUGUAAGAACACACACUGGUGAAAAGCCCUUCAAAUGUGACCAAUGUAAUUUUGCUAGCAACAGAGAACAAAAUUUGCAAGCUCAUUUAAAGAGACACACUGGUGAAAAGCCCUACAAAUGUGAUCGGUGUACUUAUGCUAGCAGCGAAAUGAGUAAUUGGAAAGCUCAUUUAAGGACACACACGGGUGAAAAGCCCUACAAAUGUGAUCAAUGUAGUUAUGCUGGCAACCAGAAAAGUAGUUUGAUAACUCAUUUAAAAACACACACUGGUGAAAAGCCCUACAAAUGUGACCAAUAUAAUUUUGCUAGCAGCCAAGAAAUUCAUUUACAAGCUCACGUAAAGAGUCACACUGAUGAAAAGCCCUACAAAUAUGACCAAUGUAAUUUUGCUAGCAGCCAAGAAAUUAAUUUACAAGCUCACGUAAAGAGACACACUGAUGAAAAGCCCUACAAAUGUGACCAAUGUAAUUUUGCUAGCAGCCAAGAAAUUAAUUUACAAGCUCACCUAAAGAGACACACUGAUGAAAAGCCCCACAAAUGUGACCAAUGUAGUUACGCUAGCCAUUAUAAAAGUCAUUUGAAACAUCAUGUAAGAACGCACACUGGUGAAAAACCUUACAAAUGUGGGGUGUGUUCUUACGCAACUGCCCGGAAAAGUGAUUUGAAAGCACAUUCAACAAGGAAUCAUGGUAACUACACUGACGACACUGGUAAGGUUUUUCAACCUUACCAGUGUGGUCAGUGUAGUUAUACUAGCAGCCAAAAAUGUUAUUUUGAAGCUCAUGUAUUGAAACACACUGGCGAAAUGCCCUACAAAUGCGAUCAGUGUAGUUAUGCUAGCAGCAAAAAAAGUAAUUUCGAAGCUCAUGUAAGAACACACACUGGUGAAAAGCCCUUCAAAUGUGACCAAUGUAAUUUUGCUAGCAACAGAGAACAAAAUUUGCAAGCUCAUUUAAAGAGACACACUGGUGAAAAGCCCUACAAAUGUGAUCGGUGUACUUAUGCUAGCAGCGAAAUGAGUAAUUGGAAAGCUCAUUUAAGGACACACACGGGUGAAAAGCCCUACAAAUGUGAUCAAUGUAGUUAUGCUGGCAACCAGAAAAGUAGUUUGAUAACUCAUUUAAAAACACACACUGGUGAAAAGCCCUACAAAUGUGACCAAUAUAAUUUUGCUAGCAGCCAAGAAAUUCAUUUACAAGCUCACGUAAAGAGUCACACUGAUGAAAAGCCCUACAAAUGUGACCAAUGUAAUUUUGCUAGCAGCCAAGAAAUUAAUUUACAAGCUCACGUAAAGAGUCACACUGAUGGAAAGCCCUACAAAUGUGACCAAUGUAAUUUUGCUAGCAGCCAAGAAAUUAAUUUACAAGCUCACGUAAAGAGACACACUGAUGAAAAGCCCCACAAAUGCGACCAAUGUAGUUAUGCUAGCCAUUAUAAAAGUCAUUUGAAACAUCAUGUAAGAACGCACACUGGUGAAAAACCUUACAAAUGUGGGGUGUGUUCUUACGCAACUGCCCGGAAAAGUGAUUUGAAAGCACAUUCAAAAAGGAAUCAUGGUAACUACACUGACGAUACUGGUAAGGUUUUUCAACCUUACCAGUGUAAUCAGUGUAGUUAUGCUAGCAGCCAAAAAUGUUAUUUUGAAGCUCAUGUUAUGAAACACACUGGUGAAAAGCCUUACACAUGUGACCAAUGCAGUUAUGCUUGUAUCAGCAAACGUUAUUUACAAAUUCAUAUUAAGAAACACACUGGUUAGCCACAGAAAUGUGAUCAGUGUAGUUAUGCUAACAGCCAUGUAAGUUAUUUGAAAUUAAGCACAUGUAAUGACACACACGGCUGAUAAAACCUUACAAAUGUAAGGGUUUGUAUUUACGCUAGUGCUGGGGAAAGUGAUUUGCAAGAACAUUUAAGGAAUCACACUCACUUUUGGUAAAAAUCAAAGCCCUACUAUUGUGACCAGUGUAGCUAGAGCCAUAUUGCCAGGGUUGAUAAAAAUCAUGAUUUUUAUAAAAAUAAUAAUAAUCCGAUUAAUUUGAUUUAAAUGGGAUUUAUUUGAUUAAAAUCAGAUUUUUUGGAUUUUUUCAUUUUCUUGUCUUUUUUUAUUAAUUAAAUAGCCAGUUCAGUUAUAUAAUAAAUAUAUUGCCGGAAGCGGACUUUUUUUCAUCGAAAUAAACCGACAGCAUCUUUUUUUCUUCCAGACAUCUUUUUGUUGUAUUCACUCUUUCACUAGUCAAUUACGAAUGACGGGGCGAAAAGCGAAAUGCGUCUCGUGUUUUAGUUUCGGGGAAUCCUGGAACUGUUUCGGUACCAUGCGUCUCCUAUUAUAGUUUCGGGGUUUCCCCGUAACUGUUACGCUAUGACUCGGUUGCACAUGUGUGCGUGCCGUAGUGGUCCGGGGAAUUCACUAAACAAUUUUGGGCCGAUUUGGUUGUAGUAAAAAUUUAAUGAUUUAAAUCAAUGAUUUUUUUGAAAAAAAUCCCUUGAUUAAAAUCACGAUUUAAAUCACUGAUUUAAAUCAAGUGAUUUAAAUCAUAUCAACCCUGCAUAUUGCUAAAUCAUGUAAGGGGUUAUCAUUAUCUAAUUAAAUUUUGUAUUCUUUAGUUUGCUACCCUCAUGCUAAAAUUGAUAGCCGAAUCAAUGUUAGCAAGCGGGGUAGGUAGCCGCGGAACAACCGCAGGCAGCCAAUGUUGAUUGCCCCCGUAAAGCGACUUGCUAAGCUC